CUUAAAGUUUAAGUUGCUUUCGAUUUGCAUAAGAAGUACGUCCUAAGCUGUAAGGCUUUUCAGCUCACCGAUACGCCUGGCCGAUACGAUACUCGAUAUCCAGUGCAACUUCGGUCGCUAAAUUGCCAAACAUAAUCGAAUAUAUCGACGUUGCAGUUGCGUUACGCAAGGUAAAUACCGCAGUGCUCUAGACUAAGAGCUCGUAAGAUGCCAAGAUCAGCUUACAGUAAAUAACACGCGGCUUCGCUCGGAAAGGUUCGUUUUGCGCCGACUAACUAGCUGUUACUUCUUUUAAAAAUGCAGAUUUGCAUGAAGUGACGAACAGCGACCGCGUCGAUCAGGAGACAUGGAGCCGGAAAUUUGUUGCUAAAGGAUUCCCAAAGAUUCGGUACUGGGCAUAAUAACUCCGUGAAGCAAUAAGGAGUUAUAUUUUACAAGGUAAGAAUUAAAUUUUAAAAAAGUAAUUCAUGUGCUCAAACUGAGCUCCUCUGGACCUUGUGGAACACGUCGUGCUCACUGUGAAAAUCCUGAGGGAAAGAGCCGUGGCUUGCCGUGAAUUUUUCCUUUUUUACUAGAACUUUCGAUCAGGAGAGAAGAUCUUCAUUUCCGCAUAAAUUCUAUAAGUGAUAUACUUUACAAACACCAUUCUCACAAUUAAGAAGCUGACAAACACAAGUAACAAAGUAAGCUGGGUUGUACAAGAUAGGCUAGCGUGUUAAGGAAACAAAGGAACUUAGUUAGUAGUGUUGUUAGCUGCGAGGAUCUCUUAUUUUCGUUUCUUCACCGCAGUGCAAAUAUAUGAAUUUCAUAUAUCUAAAAUCAUCUAACUUAGCGUGUUAAAACAAAACAGAAAAAUCUAGCGUGUUAAAACAAAGCUCUAUUGUGUUAGCCAGAUAUGGACAAUGGCUUCGAACACGCUUUCCAAAAUAAAUUGUUUUUAUGCACAUAUCUGCACAGUAAGCGUGUCAUGCCAUUAGCGUGCGAGCGUGUCAUGACGUGCAGUGUGCAUGCGUUCACCUUAUUCCCUGAAACCAAGUGGAGAGUCACAUUUAUACGUGGAAAGAAAUGCGAUCAUAAUAUGAGAGAAAGAAUAGAACUCAAAGCCGUGCUUGUUAUUCCACGGAAAGUCCGAUAUCAGAUAAUUUUUAGGCAAUGCUGCCCUAGGAAUACAUUAAGACUUGUUCACUAGCAGGUAUUUGUCACGAAAUAUUUUUGGGACCAAAACUACAUGCGGUAUUUUGCUCGAAGCGAAAGCCUCAACUUACAGAUAAACCACAAACGUUGUGAUUUCAGCAAUAUAAUCGAUUUAAACUAGCAUAGGUGUUAUUAUUGUCGUUGCACUCAGUUGUAAUUCGAAAAAAAAAUUGGCAAGGUAUACUGGUAUGCAAGAGAUAUAAAUUCUCUUGUGGUUUAUAUGUCAAGCGGGAUAAUGUAUUAUGAUUAAGCAGAAUAAGGCCGACUAUAAGGGUGCGUUCCUUUGGGAGAAUCCGGAUCAGGAUUUCUGAUCUGUGGCGUUCCUUUCGAGCAAAUCCAUUUUCAGAUCAGUGAUCUAUAAAAUCCACUCUGGACAAGGAUUCAUCGGAUCAUUGAUCUGUGUCUUCUAAAGACGGAUCAUUGGAUCACUGAUCCAACGCGUUCCUUUGGGCGAAGGAUCCGAAAUUAAUCACUUUGCCUGGCGGUGCUCAAUUUCAAACAAGUAGGUACCUCAUAUGUUGACCGGAAAGAUUGUUGGCAAUCGCUCUACAAAUUCUGCGAUAAACACGAAAUAAAAUCGAUUUUGUAAUGUUAAAUCGAUCGGCCACUGAUCGCAGGCAUUCAGGGUUCCCAAUUAUCCAUAUUGUAAUUAAUACCUACUUCUGUUUUAAUUCCAUCGUUUGAGUUUACCAUGAAAAAAUGUCCUUCUGAUGAAUAGUGCGCGCUAAAAGCCCGUGCAGUUAGACGAGCCAUUCAGUGAAGAGCUCCAUAACCCACGUGCCUACACAGGUCUUAAAAUAGCGCACUUUUUGGAAUUCUCUGAGAGCUCGUCUAGAAUUCCGUUUGUUUCAUGUACCGUGAUCUGUGUGAUCUUGGAUCACAAAUCCAAACCCGGAUCCCCCCAAAGGAACACACCCUAAGAUUACUCCAGUUUCAAUGAGCCCCCCUUUUAUGAUUGAACUGUAAUUAUCUUUUGCCGGAAAGAUUUGUUCUUAAACGAAAGUUUUCCUUUUUUACUUUUUCCCUUUUUUUUUCUCUCUUUCAAAUUCAGAGCCAUACAAAGGUUUCGGUACAACACUUAUCUUGGCAGAUUAAGGUCUAUACAUGACAUUAAAUUCAUCCUCAGGUUGAAUGUUUCAGUAAGCUUUGAAAUAUUAACUCUAUCCUCUGGAAAAGACAACAUAGAUUCAAGCCAAAUUUGAUUAUAACAUAGCCAGUAAAUUUGUGUUAUCACAUUCAAUUGCGCGAGAGUGCUUCAUAUUCCUAUUGUGCACGCUCAUGACGUCAGCAAACAAAUCCCUCGAGAAAAAACAAUUUUCCACCUUGUUGAAAAUGUUAUAAAACAAUUGGUUCAUACGUCAGCUGUGCGUUCAUCGAGAUACGAAGCACUUGGGAAGUUUGGAGAGCACUCAAGAAGCUAGAGUUGCUCUUGACAUUUUUGACAACGGGAAGUCGAUAUACUUUUUUUUUCGCUACGCAGAAAGUUACAAACGUAACUCCAAUUCUUCUUGGCCAUGAAUGUAAUUACAGCAAUGAAAACAUUUUUUACAGUCAACGCUUUUAAAAUAUUGCUUUAUUUUUUAAUUAGCGAUGUACACUGGUACAAUUUCUGGCUUUAAAACACGACUAUUUACUGCAACUAGGAAUGAUUUGUCUCUUCAUCAGGGACUGGGGCUAGUUUAACGCUGACCACUUAUAUUUCAGAUUAUUUUUCUUCCCCGGCUCGUCGCCUGCGAUGUAAUAACUCACCAGGAAAAACAGGAGAGCGAAGGUAAAUUCAUGUAACGUCAUGUAUUCGUCUUCUCUCAUGUUAUUUUUUGCCAACACUCUUCUCAUCCGCUGCGUUUCGCACAUUUAGUGUUUAUGAUGUGACAACCAAAUAUAAGGUCAUUGCACCAUAUCGGUGUGAAUAUUCUGAAAUGGUCGAAAACGACUAAAUUACAUUUAAAUUUUUUACUAUGAUGCACAACCGAUUUUACCCUCCACAAAGACUGGCAGCUUGUAAUUAAUAUUGUUUAAAAUUUGGUGUUUUUAGUACCCGCGUUCGUCGUCGCGUCGAAAUGUCGACCAGCUGUGAUAGAUGAAGCUAAAAACUAAAAAAAAUAUUUGCAUUUGAAAGGUUUUCAUUACCCGCAAAACCUGUUAAUUUUAAUUAUAUUUUGUUAGUACUUUCACAACAUCAUUCAAUUUCCGGAAUUUUCUGCCGACUGAACUUUGUUAAAAGACGAACACGUUUAUGCAGGUUCAUUUAUCCACGGUCACUCAGUUUUGUUUAAGAUAUCAACAACCUCCAGAUUUCACUGCAAGAUUGAAGAUGCCGAUUAAGAAGGACUACAAUCAUAUGCCUCAGGAAGCAUCGAUUUCGAUUUGUGGACGAUGAAUAUAGAGCGAUAUUUGUUAAACCUCUUUCCUUUUAAAUUCGGUUCUUAUAUGAAAAUUAAAUCGGGAAUAGCCCUGCCGUUAAUAAAGAAUUGGGGGUAACCGUCAUUAUUUUGAAAUUAAGAAAUUUUUGGUCGAUCCUCAACUGUUGUACUUCAUGUAGACUCAUCUCUUAGUCCUCGACGGCUAUUCUUGGUGUUAGUUGACUCGAUUAAACACAUUCAAUUGGCGGCUGUUCUUUGCGACGUCGUUCGAUGCGUGACAUUUCAAACAGACAGAAAAAAUAAUAAAAAUACACACAGACAUGCAAUUCGUGUUUGGAACUUGGCAUUUCUGCCUUCCAGGUUGAGUUGCUCUCUGUAGACUCGCGCGCUUUAACACAGACCUUUCAGAGAUAAGUUUUGUAAGUGGUAUCAAGAGAAAGUAAUGCAGCCAUUGGUUCCACGUCAUUUCUAUUGCUGGUAAACAUUUUUCAAGCACGCUUAAAGAAUUAACGAUGCCAAAAGUGUCUUGAGUAGCGAAAAAAUAGAAAUGCCGUGUUUUAGAGCAGCGUGUUUUUUUUGGGGUAAGAUUUUUCAAACAAUUAUUUAGCACUGAUCUGUUUAAGGUGUCUUGUGAUCCAUUUCCGUUUUCACAGUUCCUUCAGAAGAUAAUUACUCAUGGAUGAAGAAGGAGACACAGACCUAACUUUAAAGCCUGUUCAGGUUGUUACAUGCAUCAGAAAUGUUUCUCCUCAUCAGGAUGGCUGUUGGUCUUGGUUGGUGUGUUUUGCUGCUGUUGUCUCAAACGUCGUAAUUUGUGGAUUUACCUUUAGUUAUGGAAUUCUAUUUCCUGCCAUUUUGGACGAGUUUCAACAAGGGAAAGCUAGAUCAGGUAAAUUUCUUUAUUUACACAUAUAUGUCGUCGAUAACGAGCUCGGGAACGAAGAAGGACGCUCAAUCUAAGCAUAGACUUUUAUCUUUGUUUGUUUGUUUGUUUGUUUGACUCUCAAGCGCUGAUCGUUUCCCGCUUGAUGUUAUGGUUAGAAUCGCUGUUCGUCUUUUACAAUGUCAUUGACUGAGUCUGUUUUAUUGUAAUGAAGUGAAAUUCCUGGUUUUCAUUGAUUGACGCAGUUUCUUAACUUUUUUCAUUUUAUUAUUGUUGUAUCACGGUUGCCUUGAGAGUUUACUGACCUUGAACGUCACCCACUUGUCUCUGAUAAGUUCGACUCGGGUGGGCAUAUUUAGGGUAAGACAUUCAAGUGAUAGUCGAGUUAAAACAACAUAUUGAGACUAGCCAUGUAAAUAAUUUUGUCUAGUUGACUUUUCCACGUGGAAAGGCCGGAAGUAAGUUCCACAUAUUUGGUACCUAGUAAUGAGGUAAGGCUGAGGUUGUAGCUGCAAUCGUUAUUCAAUUAAAGAAACAGCUUAUGAAGAAACAUGUAAGGGUAGGGAGUUAAAUCCUUCCCUCCAACCACACAUUCUAAGGGUUAUCUUCUCAAGUGAGUUAUUACUUUGGACACAGCGCCGAAUUCUUCGCAAAGCGUUGUUCACUCAGCGUAAAAUAAAAGCCUCCAUAAAAAUCUGUAAACAACAACGCUAGUAAACAAAAAAUAUGAGGGGGAAUAAAUAGAUUCCUGGUGUUGCGCAUCAUCACAUUAUUAUUAACUUCAGUGACACCUGUGGUUCUUUAAAGUUGUGUAUGUAAACUGAGUGUUGUAAUGUUCUUAACAGCUUGGGUUGGAUCCAUCGCCAUGAUGGGUAUAGGCAUUUACGGUCCACUGAUCGCCAGGCUCUAUCGUCGUUUUGGUGCUCGAGCUAUCUCAUUUGUUGGAACCAUAAUCUGUGCAGUUAGUCUGGCUGUCACAUCCAAAGUGACAAACCUCUACUUGAUGUAUUUAACAUACGGGUUAUUGUUCGGUUUUGGCUCCGGCGGCAUCUACCUGGUGACUUACAUAGUGGUACCGAGAUACUUCAAGAAAUGGCGCUCCCUUAGUCUGGGUCUCAUAGCCAUGGGGCCCGGUGGAGGGAUGUUUAUCAUGAGCCCAGUUGUGCACGAGCUGUUCGUAAGAUUUGGUUGGAGAGGAACAUUUUUGGCUAUGGCUGGUAUUGUCUCCGUUACUUGUAUUUCAGCUUUUGUUUAUAAGCCAAUAGAGCCGGACUCUGAUAUGAAAGAGGAGAAUAGUGAUUCAGCAAAGGGUGAUAAAUUCUGGGAUGUUAAGAUCCUCGAGCAAAAAGUGUUUGUUCUCGUAACAAUAGCUGGGUUUGUGUACUACCUUGGCCACUAUACUCCAACUGUUCAUAUGGUAAGUCUGAAAUAUACCCAUACAACCAACCCUCUUUGUAUAAUGUAGGUAAAAAUGACUUGUUAACUAGAGUCACACUCAUCGCACCUAGCAUUUUAUGCAUUGUGUUUUUUAAUUUGAAUCAAGUCUCGGCCGUGAAAUCCCCAGAAAACAUCGUUAAUCGCAUCCAGUACUCAACGGAUUGGAUCACGUACAUCGCUUUCUUCACGACGUAAUAAAAUAUCAAUCAUGAACAAAAUAACUCCCAUCCUCACGCGCAUUCGUAUACCUCACGUCAGGGGCGUAGCCAGGAUUUUUUAAAAGGAGGGGAGGGUUAGGGUUAGGGCCAAAAAAACAGGGGGUACUCACCAGAUUUUCAUGUCGACCUCCACACCAUAAAGGCUAACUUACAGAAGGUCACGGGCUUCCCCCAUCCCCCCUUAGCGAGGCCCUUGCUUCACGUCAUGCUUUCGCAUUAAACUUUAUGUGGCACAUCUCCCGUGUUUUACAUUACCAGCCACACCUCAUCGUGUCACAUUACAUCGUUAUUAAAAAUUCACGGGAAAAAAACGGAGGCGAAAGCUUGUUUCUUUUUCUACUUGAUUACUGCUACAGGUUCGUUUUUUGGAAGGCAGAGGAGUCCAAGAGGGUAGAGCUGCGCGUUUGUAUAUCUACAGUGGUCUAGCUUCCUUGCUAAUCCGGCCGAUGAUUGGUCGACUGAACGACUUCACUUGGAUCAAUAUGUUCUAUAUCUAUUCAAUAGCCACUGGUGUUGAAUGUGUGGUUACUUUCUUGCUACCCUUCGCAAUCACAAACUUGAGUCUCGUGAUAUACUUUGUGGUAUUUGGUUUGGCUGAUGGUGCAAUGGGUUGUGGUUUGGCCAUUGCUGUGAUUAACAGUCUUCCAGAGAAAAUGCGACCGUUGGGGAUCGGGGCUUUUAACUGCCUCAGUUGUUUUGCUUCAGCUUGUGGUCCGGCUCUUGGAGGUAAAGUUCAGUUUUGUUUACUUUUCAAAUGUACAGUGGCCGGGAAUCCCCUCAACAUUCGUCGGAGGAAAAUUUUGAUCGGCAAAAUUGACAAUUGGAAGAGUUUUCGCAGUCUUGAUAGAUUUUUAAUUUUUAUUGAUUACAUUUUUUUAAGGUCUUGUCGCAGAUAUAGAAAGAUCGUAUGUCCCUAUGUUCAACAUGGUUGGUGCUUUGAUAACCGCUGGUACUGCGAUGCUGAUCGCAGUUUCUUGCGUGAAGAAAUCUGAGUCGCUGAGCCCUAUUUCAGGAAGAGAAAUUGCAAAGUGGGAGUUGGAAGCUCUCGUUGUUGUAGAGAAGUGCUCUGUUAUUUGAAUAUAGUUUUCCUUGUUUUUCAUUUUACCGACUGCGGAAACAAAGUGCGAACAAAGUAAAACAAUAAUUUAAUAAAUAAAUAAAUAAUUUAUUUAUUUAUUUAAAUGAAUAAUUCAUCAAUCACCUUUUAAUUUUGUCUAGACUUGAACAUGCUCCUUCGUAAGAGGAUGUUUGACCUUAUCUUACAAAUCUAACGCUGUCCUGGUUAAACCAAAUCGCAUUAUAGACACUCGAUUGUUUUGGGGUUGUUUAGUUUACCUACUUGUUAAGUUUUGUGAAGGUUGUUUCGUUUAAACUAAAAAUAAGUUGUUUCACAACAAUACGCACAUUUUGUUCAAAAGCCUGUUGACACAAUUAUCACUAGUAUUGAAAUGCCAUACGGAUUUCAAAGGGGUAGAGGGAUGUCGUAUAGAAACAUAUACAAAAGUGCCACGGGUUAUUGACGUGAAUCUGCAGGGUAACAUACAUUGACAUGUACAGGUGAUACUGGUUGGCUUCGAAAAUCGAAGAUCUUGGAAAGGACGCUUCUGAAUGAACAAUCGCCAUUUUUCUGCGUUUCCCGUAUAUUCGAUCGACUCUACCGACUAAUCAGUAGAUUUUUUAGGGUCUCAACCCUUUAGCUCUUGGAUCUUUUAAGUAAUUCACCUCACUGUCAGCCAUACAUUUCUUAUGAUGUUAGUUUGGAGAAUUUGGUAUUAGAUCAACUAAUAACUCCUUGAUAGAUAUUUUUCUUUCCUUUCAUCAUUUGAAUUCAUGAUAUUGUGAGGAGAAAUACUUUCUUGCUCACUCAUGGAAACAAAAAGAUUAAUGGGGCGAUGACUUUUACGGUUAACAGUUAAAAUUUUGGCCAUUUUAUGGCUAACAGUUAGUUUAUUUACACGGAAGUUAACAGGAAAAAAAGUAUGGUUAACUUUUUUUACUACUAACGGUUAAAAUUUGUCAAUUUUUUACGCCUUACCACUAUUUUUUUUGCUGUUUCACGGCUAACGGUUUCACUCUUUGAAAACUUUAGUUAAGGGCAGGUUUUCAAAAUCGUCUUUGCUCCCCUCCAGCAUCAAACGGUUAUGUUGAACCUGCGAAAAACUUGAACAAUCCUUGUCUGCUUUAAAGCUCAUAGGCGCUUAAUUUUUGGGAUGUGCAGUGCACUUUAAUAGACAUUCCCAAAGAAAUUAUCUAAGCUCUUCCUUCAAGAAAAAAAGGAUACAAAAACCAGCCCUAUGCGUGCCGGUAUGUAGACGCGGUUUUUCUGAAGUGGUGCAUGCGGUCGAAUUCAAGCUGUAUUUUUUAAGGAUAAAUUUUCUUGGCUUGAACUUUCGUUAUUUUUAAGCUGGCACAGUUCUCUUACAAAUGAAAUAAUCGCCUGCCUUUUUCUGCGAAAAUAUACAAGGAGGGAAACUCUGAGCUUCGAGAGACAGCUUAUGUGUUGACCAUCCCUCAAAUAUUUCUAAUCAAGGCUAAUCGUUUUAUUGGAAACAUUCUCUCAAAAUAUCCACUCGUUAAAAUAAUUAUGUUUUCCAAAAUGUUUUUUCUUUUUACUGAUUCAAUUUAACAGAUGCACUCGGUAUGAUACGGACCGAGCAAAAACCACCGAAAAUUGAUUCUAGCCGGGAUAUCCUCGAUUGUGGGAUCCGUCACGUUGCGAUUUUGGACCAGUGACGCUUGCAAAAAUAUAUUUUGACUGAUGACCAAGAACUGUAUCAC